CAUACAUCUCUCCAGUAAUAAGAGGUGGUUUCUUCUCUUCUCAUUCCAAACUCAUCCAACUAACUUUGACUAAAAAAAGACAUGGAGUUUUCCUACGUCUCUUUGCUUUGCUUCUUUGUUUUUCUUACGACCCUUUUACUCUAUUUCUUCUUCUAUGCGACAAAAUCCGGGUUAUCUAAUCUACCGCCUGGAAAGAUUGGGUGGCCGAUAAUCGGAGAAACCCUCGAGUACCUUUCUUGUGGAAAGAAUGGUCAACCUGAAAAAUUCUCGUUUGAUCGGAUUGCAAAGUACUCAUCCAAUGUAUUCAAAACUCAUCUCUUCGGAGAGAAGGCCGUUUUCUUCUGCGGUCCUCUUGGGAACAAAUUCUUAUUUCUGAACGAGGAGAAGCUUGUUCAAGCUUGGUGGCCUCGUUCAUUUGACAAGAUCUUUCAUCCAUCCAAUGAAAUUACAUCAAGGGAAAUAGCAAUCCAGCUGAAAAAAAUAUUUCCCAGAUUCUUAAAUUCUGAAGCAUUGCGUGGAUACGUCGGCGUAAUGGAUGACAUUGCUAGAAAACAUUUUGCUUCUUCUUGGGAAAACCGGGACCAAGUUGAGGUUUACCCACUUAGCGAGAGCUACACUUUCUGGGUUGCUGCUAGACUGUUUCUCGGUGUCGAAGAUCCUACCGAAGCUUCCAAAUUGUUUGAACUUUUUAUGGUUUUACCGGCUGGGAUGUUUUCAGUGCCAAUUGACUUGCCCGGAACGGCACUCAAUAAAGCAGUGAAGGCAUCAAGUCAGCUCAGGAAGCAAUUUCUGGCUAUUAUUAAGCAGAAGAAAAUCGAUUUGGCUGACGGAAAAGCAUCCCCUACUCAAGAUGUCAUGUCAAUUAUGUUGAAUGCAACAGAUGAACAUGGGAAUUUUUUUAAUGAAUCGGAUGUUGCUGACAAGAUGCUGGGAUUGGUUGUUGGUGGUCAUGCAACCUCUAGCUCCGUAAGCACUUCGAUUGUCAAGUAUUUGGCCGAGUUGCCUGAGAUCUAUGAAGGUGUCUACAAGGAACAAAUGGAAAUCGCCAAAUCGAAAGCACCCGGUGAAUUAUUGAGCUGGGAAGACAUCAAGAAAAUGAAGUAUUCUUGGAAUGUAGUUCGUGAAGCGCUGAGACUUGCCCCACCAGCUCCAGGAGCAUUCAGAGAAGCUUUGAGUGAUUUCAUCUUCCAUGGAUUUUCAAUCCCUAAAGGGCGGAAACUCUAUUGGGACGCAAAUGCGACCCAUAAAAAUCCUGAGUAUUUCCCCGAUCCCUUGAAAUUCGAUCCAUCCAGGUUCGAAGGGUCGGGUCCUGCUCCAUACACAUUUAUUCCCUUCGGAGGUGGACCUCGGAUCUGCCCAGGAAAAGAAUACGCCCAGCUCGUAAUUCUGGUGUUCAUCCAUAAUUUGGUCAUAAUUUGGUGAAGAGGUUCAAGUGGGAGAAAAUUAUUGCUGAUGAGAAGGUUGCUUUUAUUCCUGCGCCAAUUCCAGCUAAGGGUCUUCCGGUUCGUCUCUAUGCACACAAGUAAAGGCAUAAAAAGAAUAAUUUCCUUGUCAACUUGGGGUCUGCAUAAUAAUAAUUCAUGUAACGCCUUGGGUUUUGGUUGAAAUGUUUUGUUGUUUUAGUCGCAUAAUAAUUUCGCUGGAACUUCUUCACGCUUUACCUCCCAUGUAGAUGUCAAAUUUCAAAGAUGUAAUGUUCUCUUUGUUAACUGCAUUGUAUAAUGAUAUGGAGUCCCCUGGAUUUUCUUUCUCACUAAAUUCCGGCGGUGUCGUCAAG